AAUUGUUUAUUUUGUUGGUCACCCACGAACUCCAAAACAAAUUUUCACAUGUGAAAUGAUUUUACGUUUGUUAGUCGUUUAGUCUGUUCGAUUUCAAGUGUGAAAUGCCUCCCAAAACUUUGAAAAAAGAAAAGCCAAUCUGGUGGAAGUGCGAACAAUGUCGGACCACAGUGCUUACGGCGGAACUGGCAAAGCAUCAGGCCGAUUGCAAUAAUCUGUCCAUUCUAAGUGGAUUCAUAACAGAAAGGAACGAGUUUCACAGCAGCCGGCUUGAGUGUGGCAAGUUGUCGGCAAACGAAGAGCUUAAGGAUUUAGGUGAUGCUCAGUUAGGCGGCCUGAUUCUACUGGGAAGUUCUGUGAUGAAUAAACUAGAACUGGUGUUGGGAGAUCUGGUGGAAGUUGGUCUUAGAACAACUGACCACUUGGAAACAUCAUCAUUUAUCAGAAGUGUUUGGCCGAACGACGAAAAAGGUUCACGUGUUUUAUGCGCUUCUCUCGAUGAAAUCACCUUCAAUACCGGUACGCCUGUUUGCAUUAAACCUUUUCGGAAACGGAUUCCCAGUGUCGAAGUUUUAUCAUUGAGUACCGACAUGAUCAACGCUGAGGAAAUCCUCAAAAGCGAGCGCAGUUUUCUGAAAUUGCUUCACAGGCAUUACCAGGGACGUUUUCUCUCGGCGAACAAUCUUAUGCGCCUCAGACUUUGCAACAAACUGUACACUUUCAAUGUGGUGGAUGCAAUGCUUCGAGAAGACCACCAGGAACUGGUUGACAAAUUAGAAAAUAUGUCAUUAGCAAUGCGGUAUUUCAAAAUUGAUUGCAAUUCCAAGAUUGUGAUAAGCCGAAAAAAUGUCGACGAGUCCGAUAGAACAAAGAUAACAAAGUUCGUUCUUGAUAACGUUGGUGGGCUAGGAGAAAUCAUCAAAGAAAUGAUGGAAAUCAUUGGCAUUGCGUUAGGGCUAAGGAAAUCCACAUUACAAGCGCCCACAAGCCGGGGUAUUUUGUUGUACGGUGUGUCUGGUUCCGGUAAAACUAUGCUCGUCAAUUCACUAGCGAACCAUUUCAACUGUCUUGCAGUUAAAGUCGAUUGCGCCGAAAUAUUCAGCAAAUUUUACGGAGAAACUGAAGCCAACUUGAAAAAGAUAUUUGAAAAGGCAUUCACCAACUAUCCCAACCCAACCAUUGUAGUUAUCGAAGAAAUUCAUAACAUUUGUCCUAAAACAGAAUCCUCAGAUAUAAUCAAACGUAUUUCCCUGUUCCUCGUCAAUCUGAUGGAUAGUUUGCAUACCUCUUCGAAAGCCUCCAGGAUGAUCAUUAUAGGCACCACUGACAAUCCUGAUAACCUCCAUCCAUCAUUGAGGAGAGGUGGCCGCAUAGACUAUGAAUUUGAAUUGCCCGUUCCUGAUGCAAGUGCCCGAGAGGAGAUAUUAUGGAAAAUUGUGAGCUUGCACAACCAUAAUCUACAGUUGAAUGAUGUUAAAAAGAUAUCUCUCGUAACACAUGGCUAUGUUGGUGCUGACUUGGUGAGUUUGGUGGGACGAGCAAUGCAUGAAGCAGAAACGCUGAUAAUUUACAAUCACCUGGAACAAGCACUACAACAUGUCAAACCAAGCGCAAUGCGUGAAAUUUUGAUUGAAAGUCCCAACGUACGCUGGACCGAUAUCGGAGGACAGCACGAUUUGAAACUCCAGUUACGUCAGAUUAUUGAUUGGCCUAUUCAUCGACCGGAGAUCUUCGCCCGGCUCGGAAUCAACGCUCCACGGGGAUUGCUCAUGUUCGGUCCACCGGGUUGUUCCAAAACGAUGAUUGCCAAAGCGAUUGCUACUGAGAGCAAACUGAACUUUUUGUCCAUCAAGGGCUCGGAAUUAUUCUCCAUGUGGGUUGGUGAAUCCGAACGAGCAGUUCGGGAAUUAUUUCGGAAGGCGCGACAAGUGGCUCCAUCUAUAAUAUUUUUUGACGAAAUAGACGCAAUUGGUGGCGAAAGGUCUUCGGAAUCCGGAAGCUCGGUGAAGGAGAGAGUUCUUGCUCAAAUUUUGACGGAAAUUGAUGGAGUUAGUGCGCUUAAAAACGUUAAAAUCAUUGCAGCUACCAACCGACCAGAUUUGAUAGACAAAGCUCUGAUGCGACCAGGAAGGCUCGAUCGGAUUAUCUACGUUAGACUUCCGGAUCGGCAGACCCGUGAAGAAAUAUUCAGAAUAAAACUAUCCAGGAUUCCAGUGGCCGCGGAUGUUGAAAUCGGAGCUUUGGUGGACAGCACAGAUGGAUACUCCGGAUCGGAAAUCGAAGCAGUUUGCCAGGAAGCAGUUUUGAAAGCCUUAGAAGAAUCAUUCGACGCCACUGAAAUAUCGCGAAAAUACUUCGAUCAUGCUUUGUCGGUUGUCAAGCCUCGUACAAGUGGGGAAUUAUUGCAGUUGUAUGACGAAUAUUUGAAACAGCAGAGACAGUGACCACCAACGACAAUUAAUUGAGAAAUAAUGUGUGAAUAAAGCAUAAGCGGCAACAAAUUGAAAUAUAUGGCUGAUGUGUUAAUUCA